UUCUAUUCAACUAAGCCAGUUAUAUCUGUUGUUGUUCAACCGUUUGAUUUAGACCUGCAGGAUGGUGCGAGCAUGCUGGAUAGUGAUUUUGCAUGCAUUGGGAGCAUCACAAGUGAUGUUCCGGUGUACGGUAACGGAAUACAAAAGACUGCGUUUGUGGGUCGCUUGUCCCAACUUAAUCUUAAUGGUCUGGAUCUGAUCAGGAUUAUUGGUGGAACGGCCGCCUACAGAGCAAAGGAAAGCAUCCACAAUCCCCAUGAUUCCCAUCUGGUAACCUUACUAUCUACCUGGAAGGAAAAUUUCGAGGUGACAGCUGUCAGUGCCAACGCUGAACGGAUUCGAGCGUUCCCAUUACAGUUUCAGGGCGACGGAGGGCUUUUAACGUACUCUCUCAACCAGGAAGCAUGUGUCAGCGUGAGCUUCGCCAUGAAGACCUCGGCGCUCUACCUAUGCAUUGACGACAUCCCGUCCUUGAUGAUUGAAGUAGAUGGUGUGAAAUUUGUGCCAAAGGAUCUUGCUGGCAGUUUGACUGUUCCUCGUCAUGCGCCUGACAAGUUGUACUUUGGUGGACUGCCUCAAGAACAUACCAGACGGCUACGGAACUACUUUAGGUCAUCUCACGGGUACGAUGGAUGCUUCGCAGAUUUGAAUGUAACUCAGAAGUCUAUUCAGGAGACUUCCAAUAAAGCGGAAAAGAGUAAUGUCAGAGUUUUUCAACACCCAGUAAACUCACAUCGUAUAACUCAAGAAGCAAGAGGAAUCAAAUUAGGUUGCAAGUUUCCACAAAAACAGGCAAUUGAUAAAAUCUGGAAUGUCAACAGUGCCCCAACAAUCUGUCAGCCAGGACUGUGUGGAUUUGGUGGGCGAUGCGUCCAGCAGCUCGAUACAUAUUACUGUGACUGUUCAAUGUCCGGAUUCAGUGGGCCUGUUUGUACUGACGUUGCUACAGCCAUUCGGUAUUCUGGCAAUGGAUGUGCCGUUUUCGAAUUCAACCCAAUGCGAAACACCUCGAGGGAUGCUAUUUCUUUUGGACUCCAGACGUUGCGGAAAUCCCCUGCUACGCUUCUUCACAUCACAAGUCAUAGCAAUUCCCUGGAUUUUCUUCGUCUGGAAAUUACGCCAUUCAGAGAAAGAUUAGUUUUGCGAUUAACAUACAAUAUGGGAAGUGGAAUUCAGACUAUACAGGAGCCAAAUGUGGAUUUGAGCGACGGGAUGUUUCACGUGGUUCGUGUCAUUCGUGAUAAUGCACACCUUCAACUUCAAGUGGAUUCAGGAAAGGUUAUCAACGCAACGACAAAAGGCAUGAAUUUCCUUGAUGCAAAAAGCUGA